CUUAGCCAUGUCUGGACGAGGCAAGGGCGGUAAAGGCCUGGGCAAAGGCGGCGCCAAGCGCCACCGCAAGGUCCUGCGCGACAACAUCCAGGGCAUCACCAAGCCCGCCAUCCGCCGCCUGGCCCGGCGCGGAGGAGUCAAGCGCAUCUCCGGCCUCAUCUACGAGGAGACCCGCGGGGUGCUGAAGGUGUUCCUGGAGAACGUGAUCCGCGACGCGGUCACCUACACGGAGCACGCCAAGCGCAAGACCGUCACCGCCAUGGACGUGGUCUACGCGCUCAAGCGCCAGGGCCGCAGGCCAAUGAAAUCACUCUAUUUUCACUCCGGACGAUCCCUUAUGGCUCGUACUAAGCAGACCGCUCGCAAGUCCACCGGCGGCAAGGCCCCGCGCAAGCAGCUGGCCACCAAGGCCGCCCGCAAGAGCGCCCCGGCCACCGGCGGCGUGAAGAAGCCCCACCGCUACCGGCCCGGCACCGUGGCGCUGCGCGAGAUCCGGCGCUACCAGAAGUCGACCGAGCUGCUGAUCCGCAAGCUGCCGUUCCAGCGUCUGGUGCGCGAGAUCGCGCAGGACUUCAAGACCGACCUGCGCUUCCAGAGCUCGGCCGUCAUGGCUCUGCAGGAGGCCUGCGAGGCCUACCUGGUGGGUCUGUUUGAAGACACCAACCUAGCAACAAUCAACGCAAUGUCUGGUCGCGGCAAAGGCGGAAAAGGUCUGGGCAAGGGCGGCGCCAAGCGCCACCGCAAGGUCCUGCGCGACAACAUCCAGGGCAUCACCAAGCCCGCCAUCCGCCGCCUGGCCCGGCGCGGAGGAGUCAAGCGCAUCUCGGGCCUCAUCUACGAGGAGACCCGCGGGGUGCUGAAGGUGUUCCUGGAGAACGUGAUCCGCGACGCGGUCACCUACACGGAGCACGCCAAGCGCAAGACCGUCACCGCUAUGGACGUGGUCUACGCGCUCAAGCGCCAGGGCCGCACCCUCUACGGCUUCGGAGGUUAA